GAGCGCGCGCUUGGGAGGGGGCGCGCGCGGACGGCGGGCGGCGGCGGCGGUGGCGGCGGCGGCGGCUCGCGGAGGCGGCGGUUUCACUCCCGGACUCGGCGUCGGAGCCGCGGCUGGAGCGCGGGCGACGCCGCGAGGUGAGUAGGUGAGGGCGGGCGGGCGUGGCCGCGGCCAGAGCCGCGGCGUGGGGCGCGCGGGGACCCCACGCGGCGAGGGCCAGCCCGGCGAGAUCCCCGCCCCCGCCGCGGCCUCGGCUCGGGUGCGCGCCCGCGGCCCCGCAGGCCUCCCUGACCCUGCGCGUGUCCGCUGGGGCCCGCGCGCCCCUCCCCCGUCCCGCAGAGUGUGGCCGUCCUUCGCCCACGAGGACCUCUCCCCUCCCCUCCCGAGCCCACCGCAGCCAGGAACUAAGUCUCCGCAAAGUCCAGGAUGGAUGUCGCGGCGCAAAGUGCCCGGCUGUCCGGAGCUCUUCCCAAAUUGCAUAAUUGCUACAGGAGGAUCUAAGAUGUCCACUGAGGCGCAGAGAGUUGAUGACAGUCCAAGCACUAGUGGAGGAAGUUCUGAUGGAGAUCAGCGGGAGAGCGUUCAGCAGGAACCUGAUCGAGAACAAGUUCAGCCUAAGAAAAAGGAGGGGAAGAUAUCCAGCAAGACAGCCGCGAAACUGUCAACCAGUGCCAAAAGAAUUCAGAAGGAGCUUGCAGAAAUCACGCUGGAUCCCCCUCCCAACUGUAGGCACAUGUUCUAUGAUUCCAAGUGGGUGCCAGAAGCUCUAAGUGCUGGACCCAAAGGAGACAACAUUUAUGAAUGGAGGUCAACUAUAUUGGGACCCCCAGGAUCUGUCUAUGAAGGAGGGGUAUUCUUUCUUGACAUUACCUUUUCACCAGAUUAUCCGUUUAAACCCCCUAAGGUCACCUUCCGAACGAGAAUCUAUCACUGUAAUAUCAACAGCCAGGGUGUAAUCUGUCUGGACAUCCUCAAGGACAACUGGAGUCCGGCCCUGACCAUCUCUAAAGUCCUCCUGUCCAUCUGCUCACUACUUACAGACUGCAACCCUGCCGACCCUCUGGUGGGCAGUAUUGCCACACAGUACAUGACCAACAGAGCGGAGCAUGACCGGAUGGCCAGACAGUGGACCAAGCGGUACGCCACCUAGGGGCCUGCGUGUGCCAGCUGUGUGCCAGCACAUUCACCAAGUGCAUCAGUACCCACCUGCUCCUGCAGCCCUCCGUUCUGUCGCCUGUUGUUAUUACAUUUUAAACUGUUUGGGGAUGGUAUGUCAUCUGUCCCUCCUCCUUCCUACCGCCACCUCCUCCCCUUCUCUCUGUCCCUCUUUUUCCUUUUAUUCCAUUUUCGGUUUCUGUUAACUUGAAAGAUUUGGGAUUCCCCCACUGCAGUGUGGAUGGGAGUUUCUGUUUUAAGUACAAACCAUGUUGGAGCUAUACUAGUAAGACCUUUCAUACAGAGCUUUGUGUUACUGUGUGGUUUGGGUUUUUGUUGUUGUUGUUUGUUUUAUCUUUUUUUUUUCUUUUAUGUGCUCUUCGGGGAAAACAAACAUUCAGGAGUAUAUCUCGUUUAUACUUAAAUGUAGUGCUUAGGGUUAAUUUUUUGUACUGAAGUCUAUUGGUGGGUGCAUGCUACUGGGAACAAGGUUUUGUACAAAAGGUCCAAUCAGAAUCACUGUGCAUUACUGAGACCCUGUCACAAGCCUUCUGUCCCCCACACAGAAGACUGUCAGAUUGAACAAAAUAAUAUGUAUUUUGAUUUACUUAAGUGCUUGUAAAUUUCUUAGGGACCUGCCACUUUUGACUGUGGAUCAGUUGAUGUAUACUUGUAUUAUUAAUGCCUCAAUAAAUCACUGUGGCGGAUCAAUGCCCUUCUGUACCA